AGACGGACACCGCAGACUCUGAGGGGUUUUAUGUGUUUGGAUCUCUGUGCAACCAGUAUCCACACCAGCUAUUUGGAUUCCUGUUUCAAGAACAGCUGACAGGAGAAGAGAAGAAUUGGACAGGGAGAGAGAAUUCUGACGCCAACAUGCAGCGAAGUAUCAUGUCAUUUUUCCACCCCAAGAAAGAGGGUAAAGCGAAGAAGCCUGAGAAGGAGGCAUCCAACAGCAGCAGAGAGACGGAGCCCCCUCCAAAGACGGCGCUGAAGGAGUGGAAUGGAGUGGUGCCCGAUAACGACUCCCCAGUGAAGAGGCCGGGGAGGAAGGCGGCCCGGGUCUUGGGCAGCGAAGGGGAGGAGGAUGACGAAGCCCUGACUCCCCCCAAAGGAAAGAAACCUGGCCCAGAGUGCCUAAAAGUCUCCCCUCCUAGUCCUGCCACAUCUCCUGAGAACAGGUCUUCCCUCUCUGACACCUCUCCCAUGGGCAUCUCCCCACUGGGGAUCCUGAAGCGCCGCACAGCUCGGAAGCAGCUCCCCAAACGGACAAUUCAGGACGUCCUAGAGGAGCAGAGUAAGGACAAGGACCGAGAAGCCAAGAGGAGGAAGGAGGAAGAAGGUGAGGCACCAGCAGAAGCAGAGACCCAGAAAGAAAGCCUAACAAAGGCUGAAGUGGCAACAAAGAAAGAAGAAGAAGAAGAGGGGGACCAGCCCAUGACACCUCCCAAUUCUGUAGAGACCUCCAAAGCAGAGAAGCCGAAGGGAAGCAGUUCAGAGCCCAAGGUGGCCGUGAAGCAGGAAGCACAGGAGGACGAAACUAAGCCUCCCCCCAGAGCCCCCAAGACGCUCAGCAGCUUCUUCACACCCCGGAAGCCAGCAGUCAAAAAAGAAGUGAAAGAAGAGGGGCCGGGCGCUCCAGGGAAGGACAGCAAGGGACCCCUGGACCCAACCAGCUACAAUCCUGCCAAGAACAACUACCAUCCCAUUGAAGAUGCCUGCUGGAAACCAGGCCAGAAGGUCCCUUAUCUGGCCGUGGCCCGGACAUUUGAGAAAAUCGAGGAGGUUUCUGCCCGGCUCCGGAUGGUGGAGACACUGAGCAACUUGCUGCGCUCCGUGGUGGCCCUGUCACCCCCAGACCUCCUCCCUGUCCUCUACCUCAGCCUCAACAGCCUUGGGCCACCCCAGCAGGGCCUGGAGCUUGGUGUUGGGGACGGCGUCCUUCUCAAGGCAGUGGCCCAGGCCACAGGUCGGCAGCUGGAGUCCGUCCGGGCUGAGGUGGCUGAGAAGGGCGACGUGGGGCUGGUGGCCGAGAACAGUCGCAGCACCCAGAGGCUCGUGUUGCCGCCGCCCCCGCUCACUGCCUCGGGGGUCUUCGCCAAGUUCCUCGACAUCGCCAGGCUCACUGGCAGUGCUUCCACAGCCAAGAAGAUGGACAUCAUCAAAAGCCUCUUUGUUGCCUGUCGCCACUCAGAAGCCCGAUUCAUCGCCAGGUCCCUGAGCGGACGGCUGCGCCUGGGGCUGGCAGAGCAGUCCGUGCUGGCCGCCCUCGCCCAGGCCGUGAGCCUCACGCCCCCAGGCCAAGGCUUCCCCCCUGCUGUGGUGGAUGCUGGGAAGGGCAAGACGGCAGAGGCCAGGAAGACAUGGCUGGAGGAGCAGGGCAUGACCCUGAAGCAGACGUUCUGUGAGGUGCCUGACCUGGACCGAAUUGUCCCCGUGCUGCUGGAGCAUGGCCUGGAGCGUCUCCCGGAGCACUGCAGGCUGAGCCCAGGCAUCCCCCUGAAGCCAAUGCUGGCCCAUCCCACUCGGGGUGUCAGCGAGGUCCUGAAACGCUUCGAGGAGGCAGCUUUCACCUGCGAGUACAAAUACGAUGGGCAGAGGGCACAGAUCCAUGUUCUGGAAGGCGGGGAGGUGAAGAUCUUCAGCAGGAACCAGGAAGAUAACACCGGGAAGUACCCGGACAUCAUCAGCCGCAUCCCCAAGAUUAAACUCCCGUCUGUCACAUCCUUCAUCCUGGACACGGAAGCCGUGGCUUGGGACCGGGAAAAGAAGCAGAUUCAGCCAUUCCAAGUGCUCACCACUCGCAAACGCAAGGAGGUGGAUGCGUCUGAGAUCCAGGUGCAGGUGUGUCUGUACGCCUUCGACCUCAUCUACCUCAACGGAGAGUCCCUGGUCCGUGAGCCCCUUUCCCGACGCCGGCAGCUGCUCCGGGAGAACUUCGUGGAGACGGAGGGUGAGUUUGUCUUCGCCACCUCCCUGGACACCAAGGACAUCGACCAGAUCGCCGAGUUUCUGGAACAGUCCGUGAAAGACUCCUGCGAGGGGCUGAUGGUGAAGACCCUGGAUGUCGACGCCACCUACGAGAUCGCCAAGAGAUCGCACAACUGGCUCAAGCUGAAGAAGGACUACCUCGACGGCUUGGGCGACACCCUGGACCUUGUGGUGAUCGGCGCCUACCUGGGCCGGGGGAAGCGGGCCGGCCGCUACGGGGGCUUCCUGCUGGCCUCGUACGACAAGGACAGUGAGGAGCUGCAGGCCAUAUGCAAGCUCGGAACCGGCUUCAGCGACGAGGAGCUGGAGGAGCAUCACCAGCAGCUCCAGGCCCUGGUGCUGCCCGCGCCACGCUCCUACGUGCGCAUAGAUGGCGCCGCGGCCCCCGACCACUGGCUGGACCCCAGCACCGUGUGGGAGGUGAAGUGCGCAGACCUCUCCCUCUCCCCCAUCUACCCCGCAGCCCGGGGCCUGGUGGACAGUGAGAAAGGGAUCUCCCUCCGCUUCCCUCGGUUUAUUCGAGUCCGGGAAGACAAGCAGCCCGAGGAGGCCACCAGCAGUGCCCAGGUGGCCUACCUGUACCGGAAGCAGAGUCAGAUUCAGAACCAGCAGGGUGAGGACUCGGACUCUAACCCUGAAGAUACGGACUAGGCCCCUGCCCCCGGGGCGCAGGGCGAGAGGUGGAGGGAACUCAGGGCUGUCGCCUCUACUUUCCAGCAAGUCUGGUGUCGCAGUCUGUGGUUUUUGAGCGUCAGGAGUGUGUGUGUGAUGUGUGAGGGGGUGGUUUACGCCGGGGUUUGGGAUUCAUCUGGGCAUUUCUUUCAAUAAAUAGUUGUCAAACACUCUGUGGCAAGCUGGGCUCUGGGGGCAAAGCUCUAAGAAGUGGCACUCGUACCACAUGUGACAGUUGCUGGGAACUGAGCCAGCACCGUCCAGUGGCGCUUUCUGCCGUGAUGGGAGUGUUCCGUGUCUGCUCUGUGCAGCGUGACAGCCACUGGCCACCUGCCGCGAUCGGGCACUUGCCAUGUGGCCCCACAACCAAGGACGUGAAUAUAUCAUGUAAUCGUGUUGGACCGCAGCAGUCUAAAGUCUUUACAUACAUAUUUUUUAACUUGUUUAACCGCCCAGCAAUUCUACAGGUAGGUGCUGUCAUGACCCCUAUUUUUGCAGAUGGGAACAGGGAGGCACAGAAAAGGUCAGUGACUUAUCCAGGGCCACGCCCAGGAGUGUCAUCGCCAGCUCCGACCUGGCCUUCCGACCACACCUUUCAAGUAAGGUCCUCGGCCUCUCAGGAGACAGUAAGGACAGUGACUUGGGUGUGAUCCCUGGCUCAGUGACCCACCAACUGGGGACCUAGCGUGGCCUCAGAAUCCGUCACCCAUGAGGCACAGCGGUGGCCUUACCUGUUUUGCUCACCGUUAUCCCUCCUGGAACAGUGCCAGGCAUGCAGUGGUUGGAGCGUCAGUCUGCAGUGGCACAUGAGGUGGAACCAAGGGCAUCGCUGUUAGUCACCCCAAUAGCCCUUCACCCCCUUCCUUCUGAAGUCCUCCCCAAGUGCCAACUUCCUCCCGCUGUGUGUUUCCGGAAAGAGUUUCCUGUCCACGGUGCUGUGUAACCGGCUGCACUGGUCAUGGUGGCCCUGUUCAGCUCACCACGAGUCAGAUUAGACACUGACGUGUGUGGGAACUUUGGCCAAUGCAACACUAAGUCUUUUGGGACUAAAGGGAAGAAGUUUCUGGAAAACUUUUUCUAAGAUUGUCACAGAGAGAACUAGGCUCUGGCCGCCUCCUCUGGCCCUGCAGCAGCGCUCAGGCCACCAGCUGGAGGAGAGCAAGACCAGGAGUCCGGCAGACAAGAGGAGCAGAGGGUGCACACCCCGAGCCACCUGCUGCCAGGCUCUCGAGUGACAGCAAAGUCCCUUCACUGUUGAGCAGCUCUCAUUUGGGUCUGCUGUUGCCUGCAGGUGGAGACAUCCUCCAUAAGGCUGAUGUGAGGGCUAAAUAAGGGUACAUGUAAAGGGUUGGCAGCAGAGGUUGUCAUAUGUGGUCCCCAACCAGCAGCUGAAACAACAGCACCUGGGACCUUCUAGAAAUGCAAACUGUCAGCCCCACCCCCCCCAGAACCUACUGCCUCGGAACCCCUGGCGUGGGGCCGGGACCUGCUGUGAUGGGCCCUCCAGGUGGCUCUGCUAAGUGCUAAACUUUGAGAACCACAGAUUUAGGGCAUGGCCCAGCACAUAGUAGAGGCUCACUAGAUUUUGCCACCGUGCUAUGAUGGUGAAGACGGUGGAGGAGGGACAGGAGGACGUGGGGAUUCCUAUUGCAAAUGCCGCUGGGACCCAGAGCAGGGAAGCUCCUUACCUGGCUCAUAGAGACACCUGUUCGUUUACCACGCGCAGGGGAGCAGACUGCAGAUUUGCCUGCAGAACAUGCUGGAAGGAGACGAAACACAGAGGACAGUCUGGGUUGUGAGGCGGUGGGGUCAGGGAGCUGCUAGAUCUGGGGGGCUGUGGAGAAGGAGCCCUGGGAUAGUUCAAAGGGGGUGUUUUAAGCGUACAGGCCGGUUAGUUUGUAAACCAUCCCUCCAUUUGGGCUUGUCUGAUGUCCUCUUGUGACUGGAUUCAGCAAUAUCACAAAAGCAGUGCCGUGUUCUCGUCGCAUCCUGUCAGGUGGCACAUGAUUUCGGUUAGUCACAUUAUUGAUGAUGUUCAUUUUGAUCAUUGGAUUAAGAUGGCGUCUGCCGGGUUUCUCCACUGUAAAGUGACUCUUUCCUUUGAAAUUAGUAUUUUGUAGGAAGGAAACAGCAAACUUUCAACUUAACAUUUUAUUCAUUUCCAUAUGGACUUCUGGUUUCCCAUGUUGGCCUGUAUAUUACUAUCAUUUAUUUUGAUUCUCCAGUUCCCCAGUAAUGGCCAAUGGCGCUUCCUCCUGUGUUCUUUUAACAUGUUCCCAUAACUCUGAGCAAUUCCUUGCUUUAAGCACAGUAUGUUUUAGGCUCAUCUUGUUUGUUUCCUGCUCUAGACAUGGAAUCAGCCAUUUCUCCUAGGAGCCUUGGUUCCUUUUAGUGGAGAAUGGUAUUUAGAAGUCAAGAUCUGGAUGAGGUGCUCAUUCAUGUUGGAGUGCCACUGCUUCUGUGUUCCCUUGGUGGAGAGGGCUAGAGCGAAUAUAUACCAGUGUUCCCGUGCACACUGAGACCGUGUCUAUCUUUGUCUCUACAAUCAAGAUCCGUGUGCACAUACCAAUGCCUCCAGUUCCAGUCCUCAUUCUACUUUUUCCUCUGUUUUACUAGCUCUCUUCCUAACAGUGGGAGACCUGCUCCCCCUACACCUACUAGAACCCCCAUGUGUAACCAAUCCCUUCUCCUUUGCCAGCCCACCCCAGGGACUCACUUUUCCCACCCUACCCUGGCUUCAACACCCUCUACCAUGCAGUGGGCUGCAUGGUAGAGCUGCCUCCACGAGUGGGCAUCCUUCUCACUCCACUCGGGCCCACGCCAGAUCCCCCACGUGUGGCCUCCUGUGUGACCCAUUUGCAGUGCAGACCCCCACCCUAGACAAUACCUGCAUAUAGAUUCCCCCCCAACUCAGCUCGUGCUCCCCCAUUCCACACCAAGCUGCCUUCCCAUGGGUGCAUGC